CGCCGGGUUGCAUCACCCGCCUCGCACUGGGGAGGGGUGGGGUAUGAUGGCUGCCCUCAGUAUUGCCUGCACAAAUAUCUACCAGGGUUGCAACUAAUAGCUCCCGCAACUUUGCACCAUGUUUUCCAGUAAGCCUACCGACAGGCACUGUGCAGAUUCAAGCAGAGAGACAGCCAAGCAGUGAGGCCGCUGUUGCACUGACCACCCUAAGCCCCUAGUCGGCCUUUCCGCGCCGGCUUCCUCGCCCCGCACUAGGACCCCUGCAGCCGAUCAGGCGGCAGCCAGGGCAAUUUCCUUCCUCUUUUGGCAAGAUGGCGGGAGGAGAAGCUGGAGUGACUUUGGGGCAGCCGCAUCUUUCGCGCCAGGAUCUCACCACCUUGGAUGUUACCACGUUGACGCCACUUUCACACGAAGUUAUCAGCAGACAGGCCACAAUUAAUAUAGGUACAAUUGGUCAUGUAGCUCAUGGGAAAUCCACAGUUGUCAAAGCUAUUUCUGGAGUUCACACGGUCAGGUUCAAAAAUGAACUAGAAAGAAAUAUUACAAUCAAGCUUGGAUAUGCUAAUGCUAAGAUAUAUAAACUUGAUGACCCAAGUUGCCCUCGGCCAGAAUGUUAUAGAUCUUGUGGGAGCAGUACACCUGAUGAGUUUCCUACGGAUAUUCCAGGGACCAAAGGGAACUUCAAAUUAGUCAGGUGACUUCUUUUUUGCUAA